CGUAGCCGAAAGGACCGGAUGUUGAUCCAAGAUCAAAUUCGCUCAUCGAUGUGAGCACCAGUGUUAACCUGGCAUCAAAUACCUCUCCAAACACCCAUGUCUGCUUUGGUUAAAGCAAUGUCGAAGUUUCGCUUGGCAGUGGUUCAGCUGCACGUCACCAAGGUGAAGGCUGACAAUCUGACCAAGGCUCGCAGGUUGAUCAAGGAGGCAGCCUCUCAGGGCGCCAAAGUGGUGGUUUUACCUGAGUGCUUCAAUUCCCCUUACGGAACUGGCUUUUUCCCCGAAUAUGCAGAGAAGAUCCCAGGAGAGUCCACCCAGGUGUUGUCGGAAGCAGCCAAGGAGAGUGGGGUGUAUCUGGUAGGAGGUUCCAUCCCAGAAGAGGAUGAGGGGAAGCUGUAUAACACCUGCGCAGUAUUCGGCCCUGAUGGAAGCUUGGUGCUCAAGCACAGAAAGAUUCACCUCUUCGACAUCGACGUUCCCGGGGAAAUCCGCUUCCAGGAGUCGGAGACGCUCAGCCCUGGAAGCAGCCUAUCGGUGUUUGACACGCCGUACUGUAAGGUCGGUGUUGGGAUCUGCUACGACAUUAGGUUUGCCGAGCUCGCACAGCUCUACGUUAAGAAAGGCUGUCAGCUGUUGGUAUAUCCCGGCGCCUUCAACAUGACUACAGGACCGGCUCAUUGGGAGCUGUUACAGAGGGGGAGGGCCGUUGAUAACCAGGUUUAUGUGGCCACUGCCUCUCCUGCUCGGGAUGAGUCGGCUUCUUAUGUAGCCUGGGGUCACAGCUCUGUGGUAAACCCGUGGGGUGAGGUGAUCAGUAAGGCUGGGUCAGAGGAGACCGUUGUUUACGCUGACAUCGACCUGCAGUACUUGGCGGACGUCCGUCAGCAGAUCCCCAUCACAGCCCAGCGCCGUGGCGAUCUGUACUCCGUCAACGCAGUGCAAGAGGGCUGAACCCAUGCCACGUUGUCAUGGAAACACUGAGGGCGGGGGAAGCUUGAUUAAUUAUGUCGACUUCAAUCAGAGGCCCUUAGUAGUUAGUUAAAGAUGUCAAGCUGCUUGUAUUGAAAGUUUUGCACUGUAACAUGUCCCCUUCAAGCAGAAAAUGGAGCAUUUUGUAUAUGAGCUUGGGUGCCACAGCAAGUAUCUGCUUACUGUUUGUCCUUUGAAUAUCAAUGAAUGAGCAGGACCAGAUUGACAGAACUUUUUAUAACACAACAGACGGCAACAGAGUACAGAGUAGAGGUCACAGAGAGGGGAGCCGAAAGGGGAACAAGCAAGUCCUGUGUUUUGAAAGCCUACAAUUCAAAUAAAAUAAAAAAUACACCGUC